AUGUCCUUUCGCCGACCACCGUCGAAGCGGCGGUCCAGCGCCUACGUCGAGUUCGCCGAGGUCGGCGCGGAGGUCGUCUCGGAGAGCAACUUCGCGGUCCCUGGCAAGUCGUCCCCUCUGGAAGACGCGCCGCCCACCCCGGAUGCGGCGAGCAAAACGGGUUACACCAGCAGUGGAGAGUCGAACGGCGGAAAUGCCGGCGAAGAGCCAAAGCGUGUCGGGUCACCCGACGGACCACGACGACGAGCCACCGUGCACAUUGACGAUGGUGGCAUUGUACCGGAAAGCACGAGCCCGUCCGCCUCCCUGCAGCAGAUCCGCAGGCCGUCCCUGGGCCGCCGCCGGUCGCUCUCCAUGAGUGGGGUGAACAACCUACGCCCCGGCUCGCAGUUUCACACGGUGGAGCUGACAAAGGAGUACAUCCAGUCCAUCGCCGAGGCGCACGGCGUCUCGCCGGAGCACGUGCGGGACGUGGCGCUGGCGGCUCAAGGCGACACCGACCUGAUGCUGGCCAUCCUACAGAGUGAGGUGGAGGAGCGACUGGCGUCGCCGAAUAGCGUGGAUGCGCUGCACUACGGUACCCACGACGUUGUGCAGCGACUCCUCGAGUUCUUAGAGCUGCCGCCGAGCUGGAAGGGGGAGGUGAUCCGCACGUUGAACGCCACCAAUGGUGAUGCCCAGGAGGCGGCGGGCCUACUGGCGCAAAAGGCUGGGCAGCGCUCCACGCAGCUGCCGAACACCAUUGUCGCCUCACAGCAGCAGGCGCUCACGGACAUGGAGGCCCAGGAGCUCCCGCUGCUGCUGCUACGUCUUGGGCAGUCCCCAGGCGGCGCCACCCAGGCCCUUCAGGCGGAGUUCCCGGAGCGCCCGGAGGAGGAGAUUCGAACCGCGCUGCGCCUCACCGACGGCAACGUCGAGCACGCUCGCACCUUCCUGCGACAGGACCGCGCCGCCAAUCGCAACCUGACGCGUGAUGAAAUGGAUAACGUCUUCGCCCGCGUAGCCGCCACCGGUGGUGCUCGACCGCGACCCGAUCACAAGAAGCAAAUCGAAGCAGCCUACCACAAACUGAAUGGCGCGAUCGGUGCCCGCGCCAGCCUUGCUGAUCUCACAAGCACUAGUCCUGGCCUGGGCGACGACACCGUCACGACGAGUCUGUCGCCGCAGGAGUUCCGGCAGCUGCGCGAUAACGCUGUUGCCGCGCCCAACCGGGAGCGGCAGGCGUCCCGCAGCAACCUCCUCGCCGCCUCUCCGGCGGUAUCGCCAGCACGCGACGCUAGCAGCAGCAGCACCAGCGGGGCGAUUAGUGUGGCUCCCCGCACGUCCUACCCUUUCCAUCGUGCAGACGGCGCCUCGCAGGACGCGGCAGCCGCAGACGGCGGCGUGACAAAGUCGUCCACCUCCCCAGCGGUCCGGCGUGCCCGCCGACCCUCGCUGUCGAAGGACGCCGCGGAUGUGCCGACGCGGCUCGCGACCCGCGUAGAGUUGUCGCCGACGGCGCACGCGCGCGGCAGCGGACCAAGCUCUAGCUCCAACAACGCCUCGAGCAGCAACUUACCUGGGUCAGAGGCGGGCAGCAGCCCCAAUGUUCCUCCGGACGGGACGAGCAACACAAACAGCCGACCGUGUCCCCACGCCCCUGCCACCGUCGUCGCCCCGCGCCGAGGCAGCGUGGCCGCAGUAAACCAAAAUCAACGGAGUAGCAACGCGACCAACGGCGACACGCGUUCGUCUGCCGUGCCGUUGGAUAGUCGAGGUGUGAGCGGUAAGGCGGCGCCAUCCACUGGCGCCGCGGGCCACCUCACAUCGUCCUACACCCCCGGUUUGUCCGAGGCGGGCGCAGCGGGACAGCAGGGGGAGCGGCCACAGAACUCCCCCCACACGGAGAGCCUUCUCAACGACGUGCUGCGCCGCGCGUCUCAGCCGCACGGCGAUGUGGGGCGGCAGCGGCGGGCGUCCGCGUCGAACUCGCUCGAAAGCGAUGCGACGGGUAGUGGGGAGGCAGUGGCACCGACCGCACCGAAAGGAAUGCCACCUCCACCUCCCCCCGUCUCGUCCUCUGGAGGAGCUUCCGCGCCCUCCGCUAGACUGCCUCCAACGCCUCCUCCUCCGCCGCCGGCAUCCUCAGGGUUUUCGUCGCACGGACCGGCACCACCGGCCGGUCUACCGCCGCCGCCGCCGCCUCCGCCAUCAUCGCCGUCGACGUCCGGAGCGCCCGCACCGUCCCCACCGGUUGGUCUCCCCCUCCGCCGCCGCCGCCCGCGAAAGGAGCCCCGCCGCCGCCCGGGAUACCACCGUCGCGACCGUGCCCGUCCGCUGCGGGAGGUGGUGCGGGACCGCCACCCCCGCCGCCGUCCAUCGGCGGAGCACCCCCUCCUCCGCCACCGCCUCCACCGGGCCUCGGCCGGACAGGUGGGCCUGCGGCACCGCCGCCACCGCCACCCCCGCCUGGGACGAAGGGCAGGCCGGGCGCGGCCGCUCCCGCCGCGAACACCGGCAAGACGCGCCCGGUGCCCAUCAACGGCGCCAUCGGCGACUCCGUCGGUGUCUUUGGCGAGGUCACCGGCCGCCCGAUGCUCUCCGACGAUGCGCGCAAGCAGCUGGAGGAGCUCUUCACAAAGCGGGAGCUGA